UGUGUCUUUGAUUUAACGGGGGAAAAGGCUCUCUGGCAGUCUUGUUGUGGCGUGAGCAGUUCUCAGAAGAAAAUGCCUUUGGGCUUAAUGUGAAUAUAGUUGGUUAAAAGUGAGUGUUUGAUGAAAAUAUCAGAGCAUAUCCUGACAUCAGUGAGGUCUGAUGCCAACUGCCUCCCGAAGUGUGCCAGUGGCAGUUACUGUCAUUGCUACAGGCUUUCUACCCCUCUGCUUCUCUCGACGCGCAUUGGACGGACAGACAAUGCGUAAGCUCCACUGAAACUGCAGCCCCGUAGUACAUAAACACAGAAAGAUCGGAGCCGGAAACCGGACCUUCGCAGAAUAUGUGAACCACCUGGUGCUCAUCUAAUUAGAAGUGGCAGCUGAACACUUGGCUGCGCGCACAGAGCUCUGCGCGCUCCGCUGUGGCUGCUGCUGCCGCGUUCCUCUGGAGUUGCGCUCAGGACUUCACGGAGCGAUAAGGUUUCCAGGGUGUCGAUGUACAUGCUUGACCUUCCUUGUUGACUUGAACUUUUCUACUUUUUCUGCGUUUCGUCAUACAUGAUGCCGGGCGGGAAGUGCUUCCGUUCGUCCCAAGGUGUCGGACUUUACGCACUACACAGCAGCCAACUUCAGGAACCUGGUGAUGCAGCAGAUACAGAGCAGGCAAACUGAAUAACUGAGGAGAGAGGAUUGAGACUGUUUUCAAUUUGGUUAUUUUUUUCUUUUUGUUGUUUUUGGAUGAAAUUGAUUUAGUUUUCAUUGGGAACCGCUGUAUCACAACAGUGCUUUUACGCAUUUUACGACUCAUCCAAGCGUCUAAUCACCAAAAAUGCUGGAAAGAGUGAUGCAAAGCUGCGCGCAAGUUCCUUCGCUGCAAUUCUCGAAUUUUCGCUACAAAAACAAGUAGAUUAGACCUUUAUGAAAGAGGCUUUUAAAACUGUUCACUGGAACUAUGACUGUUCAGCAUUUUGCAAAUCUCUGGAUGAGGCAUGGCAUUUUCACCAGAAGAGAUGCGUUUUGAUUUUUCAUUAACGAUGCUGCAUGUAGGAUUUUUUUCUUUGAACUGGGAAGUUUUGGCUUGAAUACUCAUUUUGAAGGAUUUCUUGUUUUUCUGACAGCUCCAAGAAACAUGUUGCAUAUCCUUGUGCUUCAGUCGGUGGCGUUACUUCUGGGAGCCGACUGUCGAGUCUUAGAGGGAUUGCAGCGAUAUUCCGCCUUCCCCACAUACCUGCCUGUCAACUAUCAACUGCUCAACGUGGAUUUGGCAUUUUUCCUGAAGGAAGCCAACCAGGACUUCAUGAGGAACUCUAGCCUGAUGUCACGAACUGAGGCCUUCUUCAUCUACCAGGCCAGAAGUUUGCCCUCUGUGAACACUAGCUAUGGGCCUCUCUCUGUGGAGCAGCCUGUCCCAUUAGAGCUCCUACAGAGCCCAGGGACAUUUCCUGCCUCUUCUGUUUUUACCUUCAACUGGAAGGUGCAGACCUUUAUCAUGAACACCCGGAUUCACUUGGCCAAGCCUAAAGUCCAGGUGCUGUUUUAUGUUGCAGGCAGAGACUGGGAUGACUACAGUGCCAUCGACAAGCUGCCAUGUGUGCAUAUGUUUGCUUUCCAUGAAACCCAGGAGGUACGUGGCGCUUGCCAGCUGAGGGGGGAACUAGGGUUGUGUGUGGCGGAGUUGCAGCCGCUUGGCAGCUGGUUCAGUCCCCCUAGCGUAGUGCCAGGACGCCAGAGGAACCUCGAAGUGUCCGAGGGGACCCCGGUGGAGCUCUACUACGUGCUGCAGUCCACGGAGGCAGGAGAGUGCCACUCAGAGGAGUCCAGGAAGGACAACUUCAUCCGCUCAAGUCAGGAAGGGCUGUUUGGUUCCUACACUUCAACUCCACUGAGGAGGAUUGGAGGUGUGAGGCUCUACCAGAACCCUACUGAGCCCCCUCUAGCUGAACACAGACUGGAUAAUAACUUCAUGGUCAUGGUGCCAGCCACACCCACAAGACAGAGGGAAACUGUGUCUGCUUUUAUCACGGUGUCGCCAUACUCUCCUGUGGAGAUGUUUACUCUACGAGUGAAGUUGAAAGAAGGAGUGACAUUUCUCGGGGCUCGUCCCAGCAACCCCACUCAGUGGAUAGUUAGCCAGGACGUGAGGAGUGAAGGCCACCGAGUGGUGACGCUUCACUGCCGCAAGAAGGAGUCCAGCUACGAUCAGCAAAGGUCUGAGAUGGGAGUUCAGAGGGUGCUCCAGGUGGAUCUGAAAAUGGAAAGCUUCCCAGAGCCGACGGGCAGCCGCUGGAUGGCCUGGCAGGUGGAGUACCCGGCCAGCCGUGCUGCCUCACAAGAGGUGGAGACGGAGAUCCGCCUGGCACAGGAGGACCUGGCGGGCAUCGUGCCCCUGGCUAUGGACUCUGAGAUUUUGAACACGGCCGUCCUGACUGGAAAGACAGUGGCUGUCCCAGUGAAGGUGGUGACCAUUGGAAUAGAUGCCUCUGUUACCGACGUCUCCGAAGCAGUGAAGUGUCGCUCGACAGACGAAGAUGUGGUCAAGGUGUCUGACAGGUGCGACUAUGUUUUUGUGAAUGGCAAGGAGAUGAAGGGCAAGGUGAAGAUGAUGGUGAACUUCACCUAUGGAUACCUCAGUGCUCAGCUGGAGCUCAACGUGUGGAUCCCUCGUCUCCCCCUCCAGAUUGAGGUGUCAGACACUGAGCUGAGCCAGAUCAAAGGAUGGAGGGUGCCCAUCGUGGCCACCAGUCAGAGGUCCACAAGAGACAGCGAGGACGAGGAUGAUGACGACAGACGAGGACGCAGCUGCACUCUGCAGUACCAGCACGCCAUGAUCAAAGUCCUGACCCAUUUUGUAGCCGAGUCGGCGGAUCCUCGAGGCCAGACCAGCUACAUGCUAGGCACGGACUGGCAGGUGGAUAUUACAGAGCUGGUGUGGGAUUUCCUCAAGGUAGAGAGACCCCAGAUUGCACAGCUGCUGGACAGGAGGAUUCUGGUGGGACUCGACGUGGGGAUGACCACUAUCCAGGUGCUGUCUCCGCUGUCAGACUCCAUCCUGGCAGAAAAGACCAUCACAGUGACAGAUGACAAAGUGACCAUCGCAGACCUGUGGGUCCAGCUGGUGACAGGCCUCUCCAUGAACCUGCAGCUCAGUCCGGGAAGCAACAGGGCCAUUCUAGCUACGACCAACACACAGGAGGUUCUGCAGAGCCCCAAACAGGAGGCCCUGAUCAGCGCCUGGCUACAGUUCAGUGACGGCUCCGUGGCUCCGUUAGACCUCUACAAUUCGGACUUUUUCAUCCUGACAGCCACGUCCCUAGAUAAGGAAGUGGUGACAGUGAAACAGGACCCCUCGUGGAAAUGGCCUGUCAUUGUGACGGAGGCGGAGGGUCAAGGCCUGCUGGUCAGGGUGGAAAUGACCGUUUGUGAGGUCUGCCAGAAGUUCAAGCGCCGCAGCAUCCUAGCAGCGGGGAACUGUAACGUCAGGGUGAGGUUCGGUCACGGUGACAGCUCAAGGGGAGGGAGUAGCGACUACGGACCCGACGGAGAUGAUAUGGAGAACAGAGGCAGACUGUCCUCCUCCCAGGACAGGACCGGCCUUGACACACACUACUAUGGCAGCUCCAUCUCUGACAUGGAGGAUGGGGUGUUGAGGAGAACCACCACUACUAGAAGCGCAAUAAUGCGGCGACCCAAUGGGGAUAAACUCUCAGAUGAUGGAGGCCAGAACAUGCCAAUUGACUUUGCCGACUUCCCUGCACAAGUAGACCUGCCCCGUGGUCGCAACAUGGACGAUGACCUCGUUCAGACGGCUCGUGGGCUCACAGACCUGGAGAUCGGCAUGUACGCCCUGCUGGGGGUCUUCUGCCUCGCCAUCCUGGUGUUUCUUAUCAACUGCAUUUCCUACACCCUUAAAUACCGCCACAAGGAGCUCUCCAUUGAGGGCCAGGAGAACAUGAACCACGCCCACGACUGGGUGUGGCUGGGGAACGAAACAGAACUGCUGGAGAGCCAAAUCAGCCUUUCGCCCCAGCAGGAGGAACACACCUCCAUGAUGGACUCGAGCAGCGGCCUUGAGGAGGGCAGCCACUUGCUGAACGGAGGCUCUGCCCAGAAGAACGUGCAGAGCCAAGUGCACCGAGCGGCGGACACAGGCGGCAUAAGCAAGGACAGCAAAGGAGACUCCCCCACCACCAAGAGGAAGCGAGUCAAGUUCACCACAUUCACCACCAUCCUCUCAGACAAUAGCUACCCCACUGUUAACACACUGACUGGAGGCCACAGCCAGGACAUUAAGUGGGUGUGCCAAGACGUGCAGCUGGGAGACUCCAAGGAGUUACGUAAUUACAUGGAAAGGUUAAACGACAGUGCUUUAAAAGAGGUGGCAUAAUGUCCUGUGCGCACUUGUAACAAACUCACCCUUAUGCCUUCCAGAGGAAAGUGGGUCUCAACAGAAAGCGGACCCAUAGUUGGUGAAAGAGAACAUUUACGUCAGAAUCACCCCAAACUGCCAAAGGGUCAUUAAAUUUAUGACGACUGUCAUAAUUCCACAAGUGACUGAUGAUAAAUCAUGACGGGGAAAAAAAAAAAGGAGGACGAGAGGUGUUUUUGUUUUCAUUUGUUUAUCAGAUGAUUACCUUUUUAUCAUCCUUUUAUUAUUACAGGGUUUACUGUCAAGUAAUGAUCCCAGGAUUGAUCUGCAGUGUUGAGGACCUGUGAUAUUCGGACAACAGACAGAUUUCAAAACGAACAGUAACGUGGCUAGAUAGGUGUUCUGAAUGUGUGUGCACAUUAAAUGGCUUUGGAGGUUUUGUAUCAGUUUUGGAUAUUAAUUUCUUACGUCAGAUCCAUAUUCUGUGCAAGAGUUAUGGAAAGGCCAAAGCAAGCCAAGAGAAAUUUCUGCAUGUCGUUGGAAAAAAAAGGCACAACUUUCCAGUUCAUUCUCAUUCUCCUUAGCAAGGCAGAAGACCUGUUAUGUAUAUACUGAACAGUCUCCAAAGCAUUGUAUUGUUGCUCUGUAUAUUGUAUUUUCAUAACAUUUAAGGAAUACACAACAAUCUCAA